AUGGCCGACCCCGCCCGGAACACCUGGCAACUUACUGUCAGCAGCAACAAUAACAUCCAGACUAGACCCAGAUUCACCCCAUUCUUCUUCGCUUCAAAUGAGACAUUAAUAUCAUCAUCUCCUUCCACCACUGUCAUGACCGACGACUACUUCAACCUAGGCUCGUACGGCCGAACCGUAACGACCAACUCCUCCGACGCCCAGUUAUGGUUUAACCGCGGACUGGUUUGGUCCUACUCCUUCAACCAUGAAGAAGCCUCCCGCUGCUUCAUUAAAGCCAGCAAGGCCGAUGAGAGUUGUGCCAUGGCGUCCUGGGGCCUAGCAUAUGCCCGUGGACCAAACUACAACAAGGCCUGGAUUCGCUUUGACCCAGUGGACCUGGCCACAACUAUUACGGAAAUGAAACCCGUACUCCAGCGCGCCCGGGCUCUGGCAGCACAAGGGGCGAGUCCGGCCGAAAGGGCCCUGAUUGAGGCCCUGGGGGCUCGGUUCCCCAGAGAUGAUGAUGAAACGAAGCCAGAGGAUCUGGAUCUCCAUGCGUUGGAUCGUGCUUAUGCAGACGCCAUGCGACCCGUCUACGAGGCUUAUCCGGAGGACCCUGAUAUCGUGGCUCUCUUUGUAGAGUCACUCAUGUGCAUAUCCCCGCGGGCUCUGUGGAAUCUUGACACCGGCGAGCCCUGCGGUUCCCAUACUACCGAGGCUCGUCGGGUGCUUGAGAAAGCUAUGGCGUCCCUCCCCGGGGCCAGUAACAAUCCGGCCUACUGCCAUCUGUAUAUCCAUCUCAUGGAGAUGGCACCGUAUCCGGAGGUCGCACUACCAGCUGCGGAUCGACUCCUUCGACUCGUGCCAGAUGGUUCGCAUAUGCUGCAUAUGCCUAGCCAUAUUUACGUCGCUUGUGGUGACUAUCGAGCGGUUAUUGAUUCGAACAACCAGGCAAUGGCUGUCGACGACAAAUACUUUGCCAGGGAGCCGGGCACCCUCUUGUAUAUCAUGUACCGAUCGCACAACAUCUACGUGAAGGUCUAUGGUGCAGUCAUCUCUGGGAACUUUGCAGAGGCCAUCUCCGGCAUGAAGCGUCUUCAGGAAAUCCUCACCCCCGAGCUCUUGUCUAUAACCACUCCUCCUAUUGCGAAUUGGGCAGAAGGGUUUCUGGGAGCCAUAGCCCAUGUCUUGAUUCGCUUUGGACGGUGGAAUGAUAUAUUAGAUCUACAGCUCCCCAAGGAUAAGGAGCUAUACGCGUCCACGACGGCGAUGAUCUACUAUGCCCGCGGCAUUGCUUUGGCGGUAUUGAAUCGCGUAGAUGAAGCCAAAGAGGAAAGAGAAAAAUUUGAGGCUGCUCGCAAAAAGGUUCCCCCGUCUCGCUUGAACAGCCUGCCCGUUCGCGAGGUGGACGUCCUUGAGAUCGGAUCGGCUAUGUUGAAAGGAGAAAUCGAGUAUCGUGAGGGCAACUUUGAGGAGGCAUUCGAUCACUUGCGACAAGCGACAAAGUUGGAGGAUAACCUUGUCUACGCUGAUCCUCCGCCAUGGAUGCAGCCUGCACGACAUGCCCUCGGGGCUCUGCUUCUCGAACAGGGUCACGUUAGUCAAGCACAGCAUGUGUAUGAAGAGGAUCUGGGGUUGAGUGAAACCCUCCCGCGUCGGAAGGCAAGAUUGAACAACGUCUGGAGUUUGCAUGGCUUGUAUGAGUGUCUGAUUCGGCAGGGGAUGCAUGACAAGGCUCGGUAUAUUCGUGCUCAACGCGACGUUGCGCUGGCUUCGGCGGAUGUUCCUAUCAAUGCUUCAUGUUUCUGUCGUCUUUCGGCGGUUGAGUCGACCAAUGUUUGCUGUAAGUAG